CGGCGCCCGGGACCCCCGCCCGCCGCUCGCCCGCAGCCCGCCGGCCGCACACGUCUCCGGAGCCGGGCCUAGGGCGGGCGGCGGCUUGGCGUGGCCGGGCGGGCUCGGCGGCGUCCCCAUGGCCGCGGCCGGCUGGCGGGACGGCUCCGGCCAGGAGAAGUACCGGCUCGUGGUGGUCGGCGGAGGCGGCGUGGGCAAGUCGGCGCUCACCAUCCAGUUCAUCCAGUCCUAUUUUGUAACGGAUUAUGACCCAACCAUUGAAGAUUCCUACACAAAGCAGUGUGUGAUAGACGACAGAGCAGCCCGGCUAGAUAUUCUGGAUACAGCAGGACAAGAAGAAUUCGGAGCUAUGAGAGAACAGUAUAUGAGAACUGGCGAGGGUUUCCUGUUGGUCUUUUCAGUCACAGAUCGAGGCAGUUUCGAAGAAAUCUAUAAGUUUCAAAGACAGAUUCUCAGAGUGAAGGAUCGUGAUGAGUUUCCAAUGAUUUUAAUUGGUAAUAAAGCAGAUCUGGAUCAUCAAAGACAGGUAACACAGGAGGAAGGACAGCAGUUGGCACGACAGCUGAAGGUAACGUACAUGGAGGCAUCAGCCAAGAUGAGGAUGAACGUAGAUCAAGCUUUCCACGAACUUGUCCGGGUUAUAAGGAAAUUUCAAGAGCAGGAAUGUCCUCCUUCACCAGAACCAACACGGAAAGAAAAAGACAAGAAAGGCUGCCAUUGUGUCAUUUUCUAAGAAUCCCUUGAAUUGUAGCUACCAACUGCCAGGAAAAGCCCUCAUCUUCUCCUUUUCUCUUUAUGGUUUACAUCACAUCAUGUUGGUACCUUUCUAGCCUUAGACAAAUGAUCACCGUGGUAGCCUUAGACCAAGAAGCUGGCUAAUCCUUUCUUGUGAAGCUAAUCCUAUGGUCAUUUCAAGACAGAUUUAAAGGAAACACUAAGGCUGCUUCAAAGAUUAUCUGAUUCCUUAAAAAUACUGAUCUAUAUACACAGACACAUUCUUUUUUAAGGGCUUACAUUUUAAUAGGGGAUGAAUCAGUUUUGGAACCUAUGCUGUUUGCCAAGCUGAAGUCAUAGGUUGCGAAAUAACUUUUAACUUCUGGAAUCAUAUUUCCUAUUAUUACUCUAAAUAGAAAAGUGAGGAGUUUUUUUUAAAAUGUGAAUUUUUGCCUAUCUCUAAAAAUUUUAAUGUCAACUUUAGUUAACCUUAAAUACACUGAAUUGAAUCCACAAAAGUGAGACAUCUCAGACCUUUACCAAUGCUACAGCCUUUGUUUUCCCAUGGCCAAAAUACCAAACGCCUAUUGUAUUUAUACAUUAGAAUCUGCGUAUGAAGCCUUUUUAAGUGCUCUGCUCCUAAAGAUGAUAAUAAUGUUCUAUGUGGCCAGAUAUUUGGACUUAUUCUGGACUUAGGCAUUUCAAUGUUCUUGGUUUUUUAAGUUAACUCUUUUUUCACAGGCAUGUCGAGAGUAAAAAUAAAUAAUUUCUGUCUGUCUUCCUUUUCAAGUAUUUGUGGAUAAGGGAUUCAAAAAAAUUAAAACUGUUUUUUGUUUGUAAUAUAAAAUAUGGAAUUGAUCUUUCCGAGGUCAGAGAUGAUUAAUGUUUUUGCUAUAUACUUUUAUACAUUAUUUUCUUAUCAAACUAGUUAACAAGUAUUUUUAUAUGUUUGUAAGCAAAUAUGCUUUCACAGCAUACCUUGUGUAUAUGUAAAGAUAAGUAUUUAAUUCUCACUGUUCACUUUUAACUGACAAAGAAAAAAAGAGAAAACUACGGAAACUGUGGUAGAACUUUACUUGCCGUUCUGGUCCUGGUCCUGGUGGCGCCCACCUCUGGCCAGUCACGUAUCUGCUCGAGAAAACUUCUCCAUAGAUGACAACAGGAUGAGACUCAAGUCACUUUUGAGACACCAUACUAGGUAUUGGCUGUUGUAUCAAGUAGUAAGUGUAAAACUUUUAAUUGACAAUUAGUAUAACUGUGGAUGGCUUCUGAUUUUGUUUUUAAUUCUGUGGAUUGUGUUUAAACAAUUCAAAAGUAUGUUCCUGAUUGUGAGAUACUAAGUGGUAUUGCACAGUUGUCACUUUAUUAAAUGUGUACAACAGUCCCAUGAAGUUGAUAAAGCAUACCCUUGUAUAGCUUCAGGUGCUAGAAUUAAAAUUGAUCUGUUAUCACAAGA